AAACACAAAAUAACUAAAUAAAAGAUCAGUCGUCAGUGCGUGUUUAAUCAAGCUGGCGAACGGUUCGAAACUAAAUGUUAUUUAAAUAAAAUAAAGCAAAAUAAAAUUAAUCGCAACAGUAUUAAACUUAAAUAUAGUGUUCAUAAGAGAUUAGAAGUUAUAGUAAAAGCUAAAUUUUGAUUGAUAACAAAAAGCUAUUAAAAUUCAAACUGUGAUAAGACCCAUUAAAUAGUGAUAAAACAAAUAUUAUUUUGCAAAUCAUUAAAAAAUUAACAAACAAACAUGUUAGAAACUCAGGAAUUACCACUGAUUUCAUACCUCUUCAGCAUGGCGUGCAUUUGUCAGUUAUUUUCUUUGGGUAUUUAUUUUAUUGGUAUAGCGGCAGUGGCCCUUUUCUUAUUCGAUAAUUUUAAAUCGUUAAUAAGCAUAAUAAAAUCAAUAUUGGAACCGUAUUUUCAACCUCAUUUGCCACAAAAUUUAGUGGAUAAAUAUGGAAAAUGGGCAGUUAUUACCGGAGCCACCGAUGGCAUUGGCAAAGAAUAUGCUAAAGAGUUGGCUAAACAAGGAGUUAAUGUUGUGCUCGUUUCACGUACUAAAGAAAAAUUAAUAGCAGUAUCAAAUGAAAUUGAAGCCGAGUAUAAAGUUAAAACAAAAUGGAUUGCAGCCGACUUUUCAAAAGGCAGGGAGAUUUAUCAGCAUAUAGAAAACGAAUUGGCGGGUAUACCAGUGGGUAUAUUAGUCAACAAUGUUGGUAAAAUGUAUGAUUAUCCCGAUGAAUUGGAGAAAAUACCCGAAGAUAUAUUAUGGGAUUUAAUUAAUAUUAAUGUAGGCGCAGUCACUAUGAUGACUCGCAUGUUAAUACCUCAACUGAAGAAACAAGGUAAAGGAUCCAUUGUCAAUUUAUCCUCAGGCAGUGAACUGCAACCUUUACCUUAUAUGGCUGUCUAUGCAGCCACUAAACGUUAUAUACGAUCCUUUUCUCUGGCCAUUGAACGUGAAUUGGCUGAAUAUAAUAUUGAUGUGCAGUGUGUUACUCCUUUAUUUGUGGUCACUAAAAUGAAUCAAUAUUCGGAUACGGUAAUGAAAGGCAACAUUUUCAUACCAAAUGUCCAAGCAUAUACACGUUCUUUAGUUUUUACUUUGGGCAAAACUAUUGAAACUACCGGAUAUUGGAGUCAUGGUUUACAGUAUUUAAUUAUAAAACUCUCACCAGAAUGGUUGAGAACGCGUGUUGCCCACCGCAUAUCUGCAAAGUUAAGGACCGAAUACUUUAGUAAUCUCGGUAAAAAUAAGGUGGCAUAAUAUUUUAAAUUAAUUGUUAUUAUUAAUUUGUUAUUAGUUUCUUUUGUUAAGUUUUAGUUUUAAACGCAUUGUAUAUUUUGCAUAUUUGUUUUAAUUAUUAUUUCAUAUUUUCAUUCAUAAACAAAUAAAUAUUUCAUUU